AAGCGUGGUGGAAUUUUCAUUGACACUUAUAUUAAUGUUGAUCCUAUAUUUCAAAAAUCUCAGAAACAUUUAUGGUUGCAUAAAUAGCUAGAUAUUUGGAAACGGUAUUAGCAUAAGAGCUAAUACACUCGGAUAGUAUUAGCGGUGCAGGCUAACUCCUCUUUCUGCAGGGGUUGUUACUAUAGCAACAAAUUUAGGCUCUCGCUUUGAAUUUACAAAUUAUAAGCACGCUCGUGAGUUGUGUAAUUUUUAAUAAAACGGCAUUAUUGUGCCGUAUCUUUUAUGAAACCGUCUCUUUUCGUGUUAUAAAGUAAAGGCGAAGUUUGGUAGCUGAAGUUCAAAGUCUUGGAUAAUAUCCGAAUUUGUACAAUAUCACGAUACUAACAUCUAGAAGCUACACAGAUGUAUGUUAUCUGUCACUGAAUGAAAUUAAUUGCAUUAAUAAACAAAAAAUAAUUUCGAUAUAUUUAUAUAGAUACACCGAUCAGCCAUAACAUUAUGACCACUGAGAGGUGACGAGAAUAACACUGAUGAUCUCCUCAUCAUGGCACCUGGGAUAUAUGUGGGUGGGAUAUAUUAGGCAGCAAGUCAACAUUUUGUCUUUGUCUUGUGUUAGAAGCAGGAAAAAUGGACAAGCGUAAGGAUUUCAGUGAGUUUGAGCGAACAAGGGCCAAAUUGUGGUGGCUAGACGACUGGAUCAGAGCAUCUCCAAAACUGCAGCUCUUGUGGGGUGUUCUUGGUCUGCAAAAGUAUUCCAAGGAAGGAACAGUGGUGAACUGGCAACAGGGUCAUGGGCAAUGUUCUGCUAGGAAACCUUGGGCCCUGCCAUCCAUGGUGGGGCAGUGAUAGCUCAAGUGGUUAAGGCUCUGGGUCAUUGACCGGAAGAUCAGGAUUCAAGCCCCAGCACCGCCAAGCUGCCACUGUUGGGGCCCUUGAACAAGGCCCUUAACCAACCCUGCUCCAGGGGCGCUGUAUCAUGGCUGACGCUGCGCUCUGACCCCAACCCCAAAGGAAGGGAUAUGCGAAGAAAGAACUUCACUCUGCAGUACUGUAUAUGUGACAAAUAAAGGCAACUUAAAUCCACCUACCUAAGAAUUGUUGCAGACCAUGUACAGCAUUCCAUGGAAACGGUAUUCCCUGAUGGCUGUGGGCUCUUUCAGCAGGAUUAUGUGCCGUGCCACAAAGCAGAAAUGGUUCAGGAAUGGUUUGAUAAGCACAAUGAGUUUGAGGUGUUGACUUGGCCUCCAAAUUCCCCAGAUCUCAAUCCAACUGAGCAUCUGUGGGAUGUGCUGAACAAACAAGUCCGAUCGUUGGAAGCCUCACCUCGCAAUUUACAGGACUUAAAGAAUCUGCUGCCAACAUCUUGGUGCCAGAUACCACAGCACACCUUUAGGGAUCUAGUGAAGUACAUUCCUCAAUGGGUCAGUGCUGUUUUGGCAGCAAAAGUGGGACCGACACAAUAUUAGGCAGGUGGUCAUAAUGUUAUGGCUGAUCAGUGUAUCUAACCCAUAUGAAUUCUUCAUGGCCCGUGAUUCCAACUUGUGUCACAUAUUAAUAACUGCUCGAUUCUGAUUGGUCAGAAUGUGUAGUUGUUUUAGUAUUUUUUGGUUGUUGGUUUGUUUUCCUCAAUGCAGCAUAUAGAAGAUAUUCUUAACAUCAUGUCACAUGAAACAUUGCCAUCCAUGUACGUGUUCUAUUUAUAUUGUCAAUCAAACUGUUGUACCAGAAUGAAGCUGGUGAUCUGGAGGAUUCUGAGCGAGGCUCUUGCUGUGCCCUCUGGGAAUACAGCUGUUGGGGGAAAAUACCUAGGCAGAUAUGGAACCAGCUCUGUAUUCACAAGAAACCUGUCACUGAGCUGCAAGCUGUGUGGAAAAACUCAAGGAAAUUCCAAGAAGAAAGAGCUGACUGAAAAGAAGCUGACACGUUAUUUCGUGGACCAGCGCAGGGUGAAGUUCCAGGCCGGGUCAGGAGGAGACGGAUGCUGCAGCUUCCACAGUGAACCUCGCAAAGAGUGGGGUGGCCCAGACGGGGGCAACGGGGGUAACGGAGGCGACAUCAUCAUAAAAGUGAACAAGCAGAUAAAGUCACUGUCUCUCAUAUCAUCUUCAUAUCGAGGAGAAAACGGAGAAUCCGGGAGGAGUAAGAACUGCUACGGACGCAAUGCUGAUCCAAAAUACAUACAGGUGCCCAUAGGCACUGUGGUGAAGGAGCAGGGCAAAACGGUAGCUGACCUUGCUCAACACAAACAGGAGUAUGUAGCUGUACAUGGAGGAGCAGGAGGAAAAGGCAAUCGCUUCUUUCUUUCCAACGAAAACAGAGCACCAAUGACGACUACAGCCGGGGAAAAGGGAGAAGAACGAGUACUUCAGCUGGAACUGAGGACGAUGGCACAUGCUGGAUUGGUCGGGUUUCCUAAUGCAGGAAAGUCAUCGUUGCUGAGAGCGAUCUCUAACGCCCGUCCUGCUGUAGCAGCGUAUCCCUUCACCACACUAAAUCCACACAUAGGCGUCGUCAAGUACAGAGACCAUGAGCAACUGGCAGUGGCUGAUAUUCCUGGUAUAAUCCGUGGUGCUCACCUGAACCGUGGCCUCGGCUUGUCUUUCCUGCGUCACAUCGAGCGCUGUCGCUUCCUGCUCUUCGUGUUGGACAUGUCAUCCCCGGAGCCAUGGGAGGAACUGCAGUGUCUGCGCUUUGAACUAGAUCAGUAUGAAGCAGGUCUCUCUAAGCGUCCUCAUGCCAUUGUGGCCAAUAAAAUGGACUUAAGCGGUACAAAGGAGAAACUGGAGGAGCUGAAGAGACAAGAGGAUCAGCGCAUCAUCCCUCUCUCUGCUCUCACUGGAAAUAACACAGAAGAGCUGAUAAUCCACCUGAGAGAGCUCUACGAUGACCAUACAGAAGAAAAUCCCUACCGAUGGUAGACAUGAAGGAAAAGACAAUACAGGUUGAACAUGUCAACGUGUGAUUAUUUAAACAUGCAGGUUAUUUGUAUAAGCGUCCCUUAGUCAUUGGUUAUGUUAGCCUUGUAUCUUGAAUACAAAAAAAUAACUCAAGAAGCAAAUGUCUCACAAAUGUCAUGUCUAAUCAUUUGUAGAUUCAGGAGCUAUGAUGAUCAGGAUGAAGAACAACUGCUUUAAGAAAUUUUGAAUAUGUUCAGGUCUAAGACUGCUUUCCUACUUGGUGUGUUUUUCCUUCCCUCAGCCACAUCCGUACAUAUUAUUAUUUUUAUUACGAGAAAAUGAAUUAUUAUUAUUUUUAAAUGCUGCUGGUAUUUUUUUUUUUACAUUUUUUGAAAUAUGGAUUAAUAUGAAAGCUUUAAAAUGACAGUUUUCUGAAACGUGACUUUAUUUGUACCUCCUGACCUGUAGGGUUAGGCCAAGGGAAAAAAACACACAGAAGGCAAGGUGUCAGUGAUAGAAAGGCUUUGUUUUUGAGUGAAUUUAAGAAGAUUUGUUGUAUUGUAAAUGUUUAAUUGCCAGUAUUCUACCAGUACUGUAACUAAAAAUAACAGCAUGUAUACUUUAGGUAAAUUCUUAUGAUUUUUUAGAUCUCUUGUCAACACAAAAUAUGCUCAGGCUAGCAAAAACGCCUAUUAAGAAUCGCUUAUUGUGGAAAAAUCUUUAGAUUCAUUCAUCCAUUUUCUAUACCCACUUUAUUCCUAAUUAGGGUCACAGGGAUCUGCUGGAGCCUAUUCCAGCACACAUUGGGUGAAAGGUAGGGGUACACCCUGGACAGGUCAUCUUUAGAUUCACUCAAAUAGAAAUUUUGAUUCACUGAUUCAUCCGAGAAAUUUUUCUGCAUUGUGGGUCGGCAUGGGAAGAAAAAUGUUUGGCCAUUUUUGGAAAAUUGAAACCCAUAAGAAAAAAAAUUCAAUAUUAAGACUGAAGUAUUUAAUAUUAAUGAAUUCUUCACUGUUUGAUCAGAGAAACCACUGAGAGUUUGUUAAAGCAAUUGGUAAAGAGGAAUUUAAAAUCUACACUGGCAUAUCAGGCAUAACAUUAUGACCACCUGCCUAAUAAUGUGUUGGUUCCCCAUUUGUGGCCAAAACAGCCCUGACCCAUCCUGCACUGUGUAUUCUUUUGUAUCAGAACCAGCAUUAACUUCUUCAGCAGUUUGAGCAACAGUAGCUCGUCUGUUGGAUCGGAUCACACGGGCCAGCCUUCACUCCCCACAUGCAUCAAUGAGCCUUGCCCACCCAUGACCCUGUCACCGGUUCACCACUGUUUCUUCCUUGGACCUCUUUUGAUAGAUACUGACCACUGCAGACCGGGAACACCCCACAAGAGCUGCAGUUUUGGAGAUGCUCUGAUGCAGUGGUCUAGCCAUCACAAUUUGGCCCUUCAUCAAACUCGUUCAAAUCCUUACAUUUGAUCAUUUUUCCUGCUUCUAACAUCAACUUUGAGGACAAAAUGUUCACUUGCUGCCUAAUAUAUCCCACCCACUAACAGGUGCCAUGAUGAGGAGAUCAUCAGUCUUAUUCACUUCACCUGUCUGUGGUCAUAAUGUUAUGAUAUGAUAAAAUGAUGAUGUGAGAAUGUUAUAACAUUUGGAGUGAAUGAGCAGGAAUGUAAAAUUUAUUUAUUUGUUGUUUAUUUGACCUAUUUAUUAAAUGUAUUUCUAAAUAAAUGUGUUGCAUCAUGCUUAUUACCAUAGGUUGUGUCUAUGGUCUAGACUGCUAAGUUGUGUUGUUACCACUCAUGACAUCAGCUAACAGUUGAUCAGUCUUGGCAAAA